AUGUCUGAUAUUCUGCCUGUUUUCAUUUUUACAACCCAUUUCAGGGAAGAUCCGCCAAGCAGAGAAAAUACUGAGAGUAACGAAGCACCGCUGCAAGUGUACAAGACUGCGCAGGCUGAAUAUGUGCCACCCAGCAAAUCGAAUAGUCAGACGGCUCAGGUUGACGACGUCUCCAUUGUGGCCUCCACAUUAGCAGAGUCGAACUCUGAAGAAGACCCAACCUGGAGACCAAAGAAGGAGCCAAUGUAUCGACGAUUUUUCACUUCGAGCCAGUAUCAGAAUAUAAUGAGUUCGUUCGUUGAUUCGGGGAUGAUGGCAUACGCGCAGGGCCUCGCAUGUGCAGCCUUCCGAGGAGGCCGCACACGUGCUGCUGCACGGUUGCCCCGUGCGACUGCACGGGGCAGCCGCACGCCUGCGACCGCCCCAAACAGUCGCACUUCUGCGGCUGUCCGGGGCGGUGGCACGCGUGCGGCUGCAAGUGCAGCUGCACGUGGCAGCCGCACGUGUGCGGCUACCCAGAGAGGCCGCACGUGCGCGGCUUCCUCGCGAACACAGCGUGCCAAGGGCAAACGCUGCGCAACAGCAAAAGAGGAACAUGGUCCAGCGAAAAGAUUUAAGUAA